GGGCAGAAAAACAAAGAGGUUGAUAGUUGCAAAAUGCAUGCCAUACAAGUGUCAACAUGCAUUUCAGAACAGCUAAAUAAAAACCACAAUCUGCUGUCAUUUCCAAACCCUGCAGCAGGUCAACAAGUCUGGAAUUGAGCAGACAUAAUCCUGUCAGUUAUAAAAAUGUGCACACACGCAUAUGCAUAUGCAGCAGGCUUUGGCUUGUUAAAGGGGGCUACACACAUUUUUUAACACAUUCCACAGACAAACACAGAAGUGCUUGCAGGAGGACGACAACCACACGCUUUCACUACUUCUUUAUCAGUCUCUUAGGUGAGUCGUUUUAUUACUUGUUUUAUUGGAUAUUAUUUCAGUACCAAAGAACACAACUAAUUUACAUUCUCAUUACAAUAAAAGUAGUAUCCAACUUUUUAAAGCACUUCAAGACUUGAUAAUGUGCUAAUGUUCAUAAGCUAUAUGUGUAGGCAGCUCAAAAGUACGAUUACGAUUAAAAUGUUCAGUUCCUUGCUUUGGGCUAUGCAGAUAUAAAUGCAGCUUUUGCCAUUCAGUGUGUUCUAGUAAAGGCUUGCUAUGACAUUUUAUGCAUUAGCAAGAAGUCAGAAGGAACUUGUUUGGAUGUCCUCUGAGAAAACCAGCUAAUUUUGUACUUUUUCCAUUCCAUGCAUUAGAUUUUGCAGCUGUAAAUAAUGACACAAUUAUGAUCACUAAAAACUACUCAAGUGAUGUUUAUGAUGUUUCUGCACAUCAACUCCCAUUAGCUCAGAGGAGACUUGGAGAGAUGGCAGAGGAAAACUUUUGUCCUUUAUCAGAGGAAAUAAGUUCCUUCUGUCUGGUUACCGAGGCUCGUUCAGGGACACAAGUUACCCAACCCUUCCCACGCUCUCCAAAACUGAUCAGGAGAACUGGAGCCAACUCUCCAAAACCCGCAGAGCUGCCAGUCUGGUUGGAUGACUUGAAGAAGGAGAGGAAAAGAACAGAGUCCCAUCUGGAAUCUAUUAAAAAGCGGCAAGCAAACCUGAAUACGAGUUCAGAGGCGAUGAAGCAGCGAGUACAGGAGUGCUUUGAGGAACUACAUAUGGCUCUGCAGCAGGAUGAGAAGGCUGUUCUGGACAUGAUAGAGCAAGACCGCUGGGAGACCAGCAGUAAAAUAAACCGAAUUCUUCAAGACUGGAAUCAACACCUCAGUCUCCUGCAGAAACACAUCAGUGCUAUUCAAUCAGCUCAACAGAGCCCAGCGGAAUCCAUGAAGCAGCCGUUUCCUGAGGAUUUUACAUUGACUAGCUGUCGUAAGAAACUGGACCCAGCAGAAGAGGCGAUAAAAAUGAAUGAAGAAAGGAUCCAUAAGCUCAUGAAGGUUCUUAGGAACAUCUCAAAAGAUCUGAAAGCCCAGCUCCAACGAAAGAGCCUGCUGCUGGAUUCCUUUAAUGUGGUGAUUGACAAACAGACCUGUCACAAACAGAUCAAGGUGACUUCAGAAGGACGCGGCCUGUACCUUUCCUCAGAGGACCGCUGCAUUCCCAACGAGCCUCUAAGGUUUGAUCAGUUAUACUGCGCCUUGGGCUCUGUUGCUAUUACAUCUGGGCAGCACUACUGGGAGGUAGAUGUGCACUGCUGUCCGUCAUGGGCUGUGGGCGUGGCUUAUGGCAGCCUACAGAGGACAGGACGGGACAAAGCUGCCAAACUUGGACGGAACAGGUGCUCGUGGAGUCUUGAGUUUCAGAACGGGCAUCUCUUGGCCUGGCACAACGAUCGACAUGUGGCACUACCCGUCACAGCAGCUCGGGCAGCACCAAACAGAGUAGGGGUGUUUGUAAAGUAUCAGAAGGGCCGUCUGGUGUUUUAUGACGCUGAGACUAUGAGAACGCUACAGGAGUUUUCAGCAGUGCAAACAGCUGUGUUUGAAAGAGCACAUCAUCAGUUUACUGAGCCUCUCUACCCAGCCUUCAGCUUUUUUUCACCCAAAGACAAAGGCCAUCAUCGUAUGGAAAUAUGCGAUCUCAGUCUUUAAUUAUUAUUAGCAAUAAUAAAGUUAAUAAACAAUAUUUAUUUCAAGCAGAAAUCUUUUGUAACAUUGUUUUAGAACAUUACUGACACGUUUGAUCUAUUUAGGAAGUCUUUACUGAAUAAGUGUUAAUUUCUUUAAAAAGACUAAAUUUUUGAACGGUAAUGUAUAUUAUAGUUCUUAUGAGCUUUAUUAACAGUUAUUAAUAGUGCAAGCAUAUAAUAUAUAGGCCUAUGUCUUGUACCAAAAAAGCAAAGGUUAUCAAAGUAAACUGGAGGAACACUCUACUCUUCUACCUUACGCAAAACAAUGUAAAAAUAGAGUAGUAUAUAAUAAAAUAUAUACUAAUAAAUAAAUAAAUAUAUAAAUUCCACAUAACAUAAAAUACACAGUAUGGUGCACCCUAUUAACAGAAUUUAAUUCUGUCUAUGUGGCUAUUUAACCUUGUAUUUGCAAAGAAUUAUGGGUAACACUUUAUUUUAAGGUGUCCUUGUUACACGUUACAUGGACUUACUAUUAUAAUAACAAUAAAUGAUGCAUAAUUACAUUCAAGUAACCCUAAACCAAACCCUAAUCCUAACCAUAUAGUAAAUACAUGUAGUUAAUUAAUAUUACUCAGUAGUUAAAUGUAUAAUUACACUGUAACAAGGACACCUUAAAACAAAGUGUAACCAAAUUAUGUUGUAUUGC